UUAAGCAGCUCGGACUUAUUCUGUGAAUCAUUUAUAACUUUCGGAUUUUCAAUAAAAAAAUAUUUCUUUGUUUUUAUUUAGUUUUGGAGAAACUGUUUAGUGAAAGAUUAUAAUAUAUUUUUCUUCGGAUUUACUGCUUCACGAUAUAAUUACACCUUGAAAAAUAUCAACAUCGAAGAGACCAAGUUAAAAAAAAGACUGAAAAUGGCGAUAUUUUUGUUGAAAGGAAAUUAUAGUUUUUGAUUAUUUUUGUUCCCUCGAAAAUUUAUUAUUGAAACGUUAUCAUAAAAACAAGCAAAUAAAGAAAACAAGUGAAAAACACUCAAUAAUAUACAUUGACAAACAAAAAAUAUAAAAAACCCUCAUAAAAAUGCGUUUACAUGGUAGUCGUCAGUAUGAGAUUGAACGAAUGGUGAAACAUUACUGUGGAUCCGGACUUACCCUCGAUCAACUCGCUAAAAACCAGAACAGGCGGUCAGUGUACUGGGUAGACUACGUUCCUCCAGGGCCCGGGCCAGAUAAUGUCACACGCAUCAUUGCCACGCCCCGGGUUCAAGCUCUAGCACAGCACCGAGCCCCACAUGCAAGUUGGAAGGGCGACAGACCAACUCCGAUGUGGGCAGUGUCAGAUGAUGCGAAAAAUGCGCCAACCACGGAAAGAAUUCGAGCACUCAGUCGGCACAAAACCGUACACAUGGAUCACAAGCUGGAGCGGUCUCCAUACAUGAUGGUUAACGACGGUGCGAAAAAUGCGUCCCCAAGUCAGCGUAUCGAGCAACUUGCAGUACCAAAAUCACGGCGGGAAAGGUUUGGUAUCUACGAGACAGAAUGGGGUCAAUUCAACCCAGUUUCUGAGGCUGCGAUGAAGGCGACACAUUCCGAACGUAUCGAAACGCUCGCCCAGUCAAAGGACUACCAUAAGGAAUUUAAAGAUGAGCGCCCAAUACAGUGGACCGUUGGAAAUUCCGCUCUUAACGCGAUCGCCACACUGCGGUUACAGCAAAUGGCACGUCCUCGCAGCAGGACAAUGAUAAAAGAUGACUUUGACCCGUAUAAAAUUUCACCCUCGGCAAAACGUGCACGCUGCACUCCCCGAGUCGAAGAGCUUUGCGUUCCUAUUCCAAGAAAAGUUAAAUCCAAGAAGAUCGUAUAGUUUCCAUGAAUGUUAUCUUAAAAAUUUAGUAUUUAUUCGAAAUAGUUAGCUCAAAAGGACUUUAUAAAUGUUUUUGAACGGUAUACAUUUGUCUAGGUACAAAAUAUCACAUCAAAGCUAACCAUUGUUUUUUUGUUUUCAUGUGUAAGGACUGUUUAUAUUUUAGUUUUUGUUCAAGUUUUUGUUAUGAGAGCCAUUUAAAGGUUGCUGAAGUUGACAUUAUUAUCAGUAUUUCAUUGAAAAAAGUUUCGCUUUGCAUGGUUUAUUUUCGUGGCAUUCAAACAUGUACAUUUUCUGUUAUCAAUUUCAUACCUCUAAUCAUUCAUUGAAUCCAUCAUUUAAUCAAGCUGCCUUGUUAACGAAUGGCUUUGAUUUUGAUUUUAUUUUUAUCGCAAUUUUUAUUUGGGUAUAUGGGACAACAGCACAGCACUGUUUUUAGCAAAACACAAACUAUCUUGCAUUUAUAGCUUUCAGAUUCUAAGGAAUCGUAGCUAAUAAUAGUUUUCUUCUGAUCUCAGUUAAAAAAAUACUAGGUUAAAACCAUACUGAAUUAUCUUUUGGAACACAUUAUUGGAAGAUAAUAUGGUUUGGUUUUUAUCUUUGAAAAAUUGUAGAACUUUAUUUAUAGUGCAAAAACAAAUUUUAGGUGCACAAAAUCUGAUUAUUAUACCCCCACAAAAACAAAUUUGGGCGGGAGGGAAUGUAUAUACAUAGGAGUGAACUUGUUGGUUUUCCUGUUGGUUAUGUUAAAGUACAACAAAAAAGGAUGAACAGAUUGAUAUAAAAUCAGAUUAUUAUACCGCCACAAAACAAAGUUUGGGAGGGGAGUAGGGGGGGAGAGAGGGACAUACAUAUAAAUAGGAGUUUGUCAGUUGGUCUCUUGGAAUUGUUUGUAUUUAUCAUGAUAAGGUCAACAGAUUUAAACAAUUUUUGGUCAACUCAUAAACCACCAUGUUUAACUCCAUAAAACAUACAGGUCAAUUUCGAAUUAGGUUACAGAUGACCAAUUUUUUACGGAGUUAUGAACCUUUUCCAAAGAAAUGAUUUACCAUUCCUGUGUCCAGGCGGUCUGUGGGGGACUUCAUCACUCCUGUGACAGCUCAAGUUUUAAGAUUUGUUUAAACCUUUAUCUGGUUUUUAUUGAGAAACUGCACUGUCACUGAAUUUGAAUGUUUUGGGGCCUGAGUAGAUAUAUCAAAAUUUAGAGAAAAGGAAUUUGCUUACCAAAUUGAUGUGGCACGAAGCUUAUCAGUUUCCAAUUCCUAAUAAUGUCAGUGAUAUUACUUUCGAAGAAUUGAGGUUACUGUCAAUGGUGUAAAUAAAUAGUUGGGGUUAAAAUUUAGGUCAAGGACAACUAUGUAUGCAAAUAGUGUGGGUAUUAUAUGAAGUUAUUUUCUGAAUUGCAACCACAACAAUGCUGUUUUUAUCAUAAUAUUUUCUACCCAUUGUUAUGCAGUUUGAUAUACUCUAAAAAUUAUACUUCUGUUUUUCUAGGUAUUUAUUACUUAAUUUACUUUAUUUAAGGGUUGUGGGUAGUGAAUAGUUAUUAAAUUUGUAAGAUAUUUAUAAGAUUCUCAACCAAUAUUUAGUGGACAUAUUCGCUACACAAUAUCACAUUUUGUCAUAAUCAUUACAUUAAGCUAAAGCAUUUCAUUUUGUUCAGCAUUAUCAUUAUCUUGUUGAUGAAACAGUUUCAUGUCUUUGUAUAUUUUAUAGACGUUUUGCUGUGUGGCACUUUUCCAAUUAGAUGUUUUGUAAAUUUUCCUUUUUUGAUAGACAAAAUAGGUAUUUCUGAUAAACUUUUUUUACUUUUUAAUGCAAUACAAACUAAUUGGUGCUUAUAAUUAAUCUUAAGUGGAAGACGGAUUUUUUUAUAUAAGUAGAAUAAGGAAAUAAGUUCUUUAAAAUAGUUAUAGCUUUUCUAUAGUUUUUAAUAAAUUGGAAAUAGUUGUUAUUAACAAGGAAGUAAAACUCCAUCUUAUUUGUUCUAAAAUAUUAGAAUGCUGAUUCAGCCAAUUUUAGGGCUGUGGGCUAGACAGGGGUAAUUCCAUAUAGAAAUAGAUGGAAAUUUACAUCUGUCAAGCCCUGUGGCCUGGGAUUGUAGUUUCAUUAUUAAAGCCAAUACCGUAUUAUUCCAAAUAGAUGUGCAGGGUGCAUAUCAUCCUUGAGUCUUAAAUUGUUGAUGAUGUUAGAUAAACCCAGUAAAUUUCAAAUUUGAAAAAAAUACUCAAAAACUGUGAAUGUGUUGUACGCAAUGUGAUACAUCAGUAAGAAAGAUUUGAUGCUUUGUACACAACUGUUAACGAAAUCAAUUUAAUGCAAGUUUUUUACAAAUUUAUUUUUCUUCAAUUUUAUCAUCUGGUGUCUAGUCCCUUUAAUUGAAAAGUUAUCUUCCCAUGUUCAUUUUUUUAUGUAAUUUUUCAUCGAAAUAACUGAAAAUAUAACAAUAUUUUUUUUUGUCAGUUUUGAAUUGGCAUAAGAAUGGUAUUAAGGUCACAGACCACCAUGCCCCUCUAUAAGGAAAAAUAUGGUAUUUUUAGUAAGGUAUUUAGUAAAUUUAAAGAAUUAAGAGGGAAGUUUAUAAAACAGCUUUUGUUUGCUGUGGUUUAUAUAUUCACGUGCAAUACAUGUAGUCAUUCUUUGUUUAUAGUUCAUAGACACUUCAUAUACAUUUUUAGUCAUUUUAAAAUAUAAUGGUUUUCAAGGUUAAGUGUAAAGAAUUGUGAUAUGUAUAAAGUUUGCAGUAUUAAAACUUUUUAAGGUUGGCCUGGUAGGCUAUACUUCCCCCCAAAAAAUAUGAUCAGUAUUCUUUGUAUUACUAUCAGUAUUAUAUGUGUUAUUAACUUAGCUUUGUAAUAAACCCUUUGGUGCCAAAGUUGCAAAAAGGUCACAGCCCGGGACUGCAGCCGAACGCCAUGAAUGUAAAAAAAGGUCAAAAAUAUUUUGUGCUUUUUGCAAAAAUGCGCUAGCCUGGGAGACCACCGGUCCCAUUAUUGCGAAAUCAACUGAUUUAGUAUAUACUCUUAAUCAUAUAGUUGGCACUAAAAGGGUUAACUCACUUUUACUAAAGGAAAGGCAUAAUAUCAAACAGUAUUCUUGAUUAUAGUGUAGCCAUUUAAUGGCAAGGUAAUAUGAUGUUGUUGUUUUUAAAAUCAAAAUAAUUUUGUAUGUGUAUUAAAAUAACCCCACCUGAUAAUUAUAAAUAAAUAUUGCUAUAAGUUUUAAUAGUAUUACUGAUCAAAUGGCAUUUAUUGAUUAAUAACAGAUCAGUUAUUGGGUUUAAUUCUUAAGGACAAAUAAGUCAUUGGUUGAAUUCUUAACCAACCAAACUGGUUGAAAUUUUAGUUGAUUUGCUAUGUUACUUAUCACUAUUUUUGUAUAUAGAGGCUUUUUCAUUGUAAAUAUAUCUUUACCAAUCCAGUAUUCGGUUGUACCAAUAUUUUGCUGUGAUUUGGCGUGUUGAUAAAUAUUUUACAAAAUUUUAUUCAAGAUAUAACAAUUAUAAUUUUGUAUUUGAAACUUCUUUAUCCCCCUGUUUGAUGCUCAUUUUCAACAGGAUUUUUUUAUUUUGGAUUUAUAAUCACAUCAUUUAGUUUGCUGCGUAGCAUGUAGCUUAAAAUUUAAAUGAUAAAAUUAUGAUAAAAUAAAGUUACAGAACUGUAUUUUUUAUUAAAAAAAACACAUGUCAACACAAUCAAAAAAGCCCUGUCAAAUUAAUGAUUUUAGUUUGAAAAUAAUAUGGCGACCAAUGUUAAAAAAAGGAACGAGUCCUGAUUAAAGCUGCACUCUCACAGAUUGACUAUUUUUACAUUUUUGUUUUUAUUUUUGUCCCAGAAUCAGCUGAUUUUGGUAUUAAUGCCUUCAAUUCAAUCAUAUAAGGUAACUCUUAAUAGAGCAGAUCUCAAUCAUUUGGGAAACUGCCCAAAAUUUAUUUUUUUCUUAAAUCGUUAUUAACACUUUUAGCCAUAAAAUAUCAAUUUUCGUAUGUAAAUAUGAAAAACUGUGAUCUGAUCUUUUGUCAGCAGUUUUGUAUCACAGGCUUCAAGGCAUUUAUAUAAAAAUUGGCUCAUUCCAAAACAAAAAAUAUUAAAAAGAUGUCAUAAUGGUAAAUCUGUGAGAAUGCAGCUUAAACAGAUGAUCAAUGCAAACAAUGCAAACAUAUUAAGAUGAGAAAAUAUAUCUGCUAGGCUAGUUCACGCUCAUUUUUCUAAGCUUUUUAAGUCUUGCCUUCCAUUAUUGCAUCAUUUUUCUGCAUAUUUUAAUGCUUAAGUCAAAUAUAGCCUUUCUGUUAAGGGCCAUUUCCUGUGAAUUACAAUACAAAGGUAAACAUUUCGGCUUAGACAGAUUAUCCAGAAUUAUGUCACCAUGACAAUAACCUGGAGGUCUUUUAAAUGUCAUGGAUUGUCUUCCUGUUUGCCUUAUUGAUAUGCAUUUUUUUCGUGAAAUUAUUUUUGAACGAAUCUUUUGUGUUAGAGUUUUUAAGACUUUUUGAUAUUGGGUGGCUUUUGUAAUUAUGUGUUUUUGAUUGUUAUUAAGAAUAUUGAUAUAGACCUAUUAAUGAGUUAUGAUUUUAUACAUAUCUAAUAAAUUUGCCAACAUAGGGGUGAUUAACUUUUACACAGAAUAGGACCAUCAUACAAAUAUCGUAAGAUUUUAAGUUAAAUAUUGCAUUCAAUUCCCCAAUUAACUUGAUAUGUCGUUUUGCAAAUUCUCAAAUUCUCCUAUCUGUGUCUUACUAGAUAUUUGUUUCAACCCAAUUUUUUGAAAUUUGUUAUGAUACUAUCUCCUUGACAAAGAGGGCCUCAUUUUCGUUGUGUUUUUUUGUUUAAAAAAUCUAAAAUUAUCUGUGUUAAAAAUUAACUUAACCUUCAUGAAAUGUUUAAAACAGUUUCAUAUUUUAUCUUAUUGGUUUCGAAAAAAUCUAAUAUCAUGUGUGUGUUUAAAAUUGUAACUUAAUCUUCACGAAAUGUUUCUUAUGUGACAGUCAGCAUUUCAUAUUUUAUUAUUGUAUCUUGGGCUACAAGGAAUACUAAUAGUUUGUUUGGAAAUUCUCUUCCCAUACUUUAACAUGUUGGUAGGUAGGUAUCUUUUAGUAGGUAACCCUUUUAUUCUGUAAUUGAAAAAAAAGAAGAAAAUUGCAAUAGGCAAAAAAAAAAUUGGGUUGCGGGUAUUUUUUUUGCGAGUUGGUCAGGAAACACCAAACAAACAUUUGAGUACUUGUGGCCAUAUUAUAAUUCAUGAUUGUAUAUCUUUAUAAGCUCUCUGUGAUGUAUUUGUGAAAAAAAUAUUUUGUGGUUUGAAAAAAAUAAACAUUCUUUGUAAA